AUGGAUAGAAGUUGGAUGCUAAAUAAGAAUAAAUUUAGUUCAGAAUAUAUUCAAGGGGUGCGUAGUUUCUUAGAUGUUGCAAAACAACAUGUUGACUCUAGUGGUAGGAUUCGAUGUCCUUGCAAAAAUUGUAACAAUUGUUACUUGAAAAAAGUGGCAGAGGUGAAACAAGACUUGUUUCUUCAUGAGUUUGUUGAGGAUUAUACUCAAUGGACACAUCAUGGUGAGUCUUUUGAAUCAGAUGUUGGUAUUCAUUUGGGUGAUUCACAUGAUGAUGAUAAUCUUAGUGAUCAAGUUAAAGAUCGACAUGACAAUACUUUUGAAAUGUUAAAAGACAUGUGCAAUUCUAAUUUCACAGAAUUUAGUGCUGAACGACCCUCGAGCAAUCAUGAAACAACCUCAUCUGAAAAGGAAGUAGAGAAAUUUGCUAGAUUGUUGAAUGAUGCUCAAUGCGAACUAUACCCAGGUUGUAAGAAGUAUUCCAAAUUAUCAUUUCUUAUCAAGAUGAUUUAUAACAAAACAAUUACUAAUUCUAGCAAUAAGUCCUUCACUAUGAACAUAGAGUUAUUCAAGGAUGCUCUCCCAGAAGGUGAAACACUUCCCAAAUCUUAUUAUGAGGUGAAAAAAUUGAUGCAUGAUCUUGGCCUUGGUUAUAUCACCAUAGAUGCAUGUGUGAAUGAUUGCAUACUAUAUUGGAAGGAGUAUGAGCAUUUAGAUACAUGCCUUAAUCCGAUGUGCAGAGCCCCUCGAUGGAAGUAUGGUUUGGGUAAAUGUAAGAAGAUUGCUCAAAAGGUAGUUAGAUAUUUUCCUUUGAAACCUAGACUUCAAAGAUUAUUUAUGUCAAAGGAAAUUGCUAAGGAUAUGAGGUGGCAUAAAGAAAAGCGGGUAAAUGAUGAUGUUAUUAGGCAUCCAGCUGAUGCUGAGGCAUGGAAAGAGUUUGAUAAGGAAAAUGAUUGGUUUGCUCGAGAUCCUCGCAAUGUGCAACUUGGGCUUGCAAGUGAUGGAUUCAACCCAUUUGGCAAUAUGAGCACCAGUUAUAGUAUGUGGCCGGUCAUUCUACUUCCUUACAAUUUGCCACCUUGGAAAUGUAUGAAGGAGCCAUUUUUAUUUUUAUCCAUGCUUAUACCAGGUAAGGAUUCUCCUAGUAAUGAUAUUGAUGUUUAUUUACGACCAUUAAUAGAUGAACUAAAAGAAUUAUGGGAAAAUGGUGUGGAGACAUUUGAUUCAUAUAGUAAUGAAAAUUUUCAAUUACAUGCUGCAUUGUUAUGGACUAUAAAUGAUUUUCCUGCUAAUGGAAUGUUAUCUGGGUGGAGUACAAAGGGAAAAUUAGCAUGUCCAGUUUGCAACAAAUGGACAUAUUCACUUACUUUAAAGAAUGGGCAGAAGCAAUGUUAUAUGGGUCAUCGUAGAUAUUUGGAUAAACAACAUCCAUGGAGGAAAAAUAAAAAGUUUAAUGGUAAGAUAGAGUAUCAAGAAAAACCCAAAGAAUUAUCAGGAGACGACAUACUUCUCCAAACAUCUUAUAUUCCACAAGAUGUGAAAUUUGGAAAGCCAUGUAAUAAAAGGAAGCGUAAGCGUACAGAACAAGAGCUGAAUUGGACUAAAAGGAGUAUAUUUUUUGAACUUCCUUAUUGGAAAACAUUGAAGUUACACCACAAUUUGGAUGUGAUGCACAUUGAGAAAAAUAUAAGUGAAACCAUUAUAGGGACGUUGUUGGCAAUAGAUGGGAAGACAAAAGACAAUGACAAGACUCGUUUGGAUUUGGAAGAAAUGGGUAUAAGAAAAGAAUUGCACUUGCAAAGAGAUGGUGAUAGGUUUUUAAUGCCAUUAGCAUGUUACACUUUACCAUUAUCAGAAAGGAAGAAGUUUUGUGAAUGGUUAAAAUUAAUUAAGUUACCUGAUGGUUACGCCUCUAACUUGUCUCGAUGCGUAAAUGUUGAUGAUUGUAGAUUAUCAAGAAUGAAAAGCCAUGACUAUCAUGUAUUUUUACAACGAUUACUUCCAGCUGUAGCUCAUGGUUUUUUGAGAAAGGAUCUUUAUAUUGUGUUGUCUGAGUUGAGUUCUUUCUUCAAAGACUUAUGCUCGAAGACAAUGGAAAGAGCUACUUUACAUAAGUUACAAAAUGAUAUAGCUCUAAUAUUGUGUAAACUUGAAACCAUAUAUCCACCAUCAUUUUUUGUGAUUAUGACACAUUUAUCAAUUCACUUACCACGUGAAAUAGAACUUGGUGGGCCAGUUCAAUAUCGAUGGAUGUAUUUUGUUGAAAGGUUCUUAUGUUCUUUGAAACAAACGGUGCGCAACAAAGCUGGCCCAGAAGGUUCCAUUGCUGAGGCAUAUAUCAAUAAAGAGUGCCUUAACUUUUGUUCUAUGUACUUUCAUGGUGUUGAAACUAGGCACAAUCGAGUGGAAAGGAAUUUUGAUAGGCCUCAAAUGUCGAUACCCAAUGGGUUUUUAAUUUUAGCACAAAAGGCAAGAACUUUAGGAGCAGCUGUAUAUGAUAUGCUAUCCUUGUCUGACUUCAAGAAAAUUCAAUGUUUGCACAAGGAAGAACUUCAAAGACAAAGUAUUACUAAUGUGCAACAUAGACAUCAGGAUGAAUUUCCAUCUUGGUUUAAGAAAUAUGUGGUACAAAAGAAUCUAAGAGGCUCACUUGAAUCAACAAAUCAUUUAUAUGUGUUGGGUUUAGGGCCUGAUAUGCGUGUUACAAAGUAUAGUGGUAUAAUUGUGAAUGGAAUUAGAUUUCACAAUAUUGAACGUGACAAGUAUCGUCAUACUCAAAAUAGUGGUAUUGUGGUGAAAGGAGAACAUAAUUCAGAAGAAAUUGAUUUUUAUGGUGAGUUAACUGAUAUCAUUGAGCUUGAGUAUUGUCAUGGGAAUUGUGUUUAUGUGUUUAAAUGUAACUGGUGGAAUAUCGGCGAUAAAAAGAAUGGAUCAAGAACAUAUGGCCAAUUAAUGAGUGUUAAUGUGAAUCGAAAAUGGUAUGUAGAUGACCCUUUUGAGUUGGCAAAUCAAGCAUCGCAAGCAUUUUAUAUAAAUGAUAUAAAAAAUGGCAGUGGUUGGAAAAUUGUGCAGAAAUCUUAUCCUAGAAAUGUAUAUGAUGUUCCAGAAAAUGAAGGAAUAGAUAAUGAAAGAUUUGACUUUAAUGAUGAGCCCUAUCAGCAAUAUGAGAUAAAUGAUGGAAAUGUGACUGAACAAAUUGAUAAUCAAGAUAUAGAAUCAUUGCAUCAUGAUGAUGAAAUUUUAGAAGAAAUUAAUGCUACCACUAUACUCUCAAGGAAUAGCCGAAAAUCAAGUGAAGAUACAAUUAGUGAUGAUUCUACUGAUGAAGAAGAUGAUACGAUUAUUGAUUAUUAUGUUGGUGAUGCUGAUGACAAGGAAGAAGAUGACAACAAUGAAGACAAUUAUGAUGAGGAAGAUGAUGAUGAUUUUUAA